AUGCCGCCAAAAGCAACGUAUGGAAAGCGAUCAAAGGCCUCAAAAGCCGAAAGGCUCUUUGCUGAGCUGCCGCAGAGCCCGAUACGCAAGCCGCCUACCACAACAGCAACCACCAAACCAAAAGAUCUUGAGCCUGUAACGGUGACAGACUUGACCCAGCAGCUCUCCGAUAUCAAAAUUGAGGAACAAGGCAAAAAUUCAGAAAAAGGGCCGAAAUUGAGUGGCAAGCCACACAGGAAAGCGUGGAAAGAGGAGCAGCUGGUGUGUGAUGAGCUCGAAGAGACUACACCGCCAUCUGGCGACAACCACGACAUCCUUGAAUCGGAAGAUGAUCGGCAAUACGAAGAAGAUGUCACCGCCGAGACAACCCUCCGCAUUCUGUCGUGGGAGGACGUGUGCCCCCACGGCGACCGCAUCGAAAAGAUCGCCGAGGCCUCGUACGCCGAGGUCUACCGCGUCACCAACGCCCGCGGCACCAGCAUCAUCAAAGUGAUCCGGCUGCACUCACACAUCAAGGCCAAGACGAAGACGCAGGAGCGCGCCGGGCUCGUCGACGAGGAGCCGCACGCCGAGGCCGACGUGGACGGCGAGCUGCAAAUCUCCGAGUGGCUCGCCGACGUGCCCGGCUUCGUCGUCUACAAGGAGCGCUACGUAGUGCAGGGGCGGGCGACGCGGCAGCUGCUGGAGACGCACCAGGCGUUCCAGCGGCGCGCGAAGCGGCAGGACCCCGGCCGCGCGCAGUUCUACCCGUCGCCGAGCAGGUACCUGGAUGGCACGCGGUUCCUGGUCGUAGAGCUGGGGGACGCGGGCGUCGCGCUGGAGGACUGGAGGCUGACGACGGAGAGCCAGCUGUGGGACGUCUUCUUCCUGGUGGCGGUGGCGCUGGGGCGAGCGGAAGACCUGGCCAUGUUUGAGCAUCGCGAUCUUCACGAGAGCAAUUUGUGUAUCCGACAAGUCCAUGAGCCGCGUGCUCGACCGCCAGAGUCUCAAGGCCGAUUUUAUGGUUACUCGGGCCUGGACAUCACAAUAUUGGACUACGGGCUGUCAAGGGCCGAGGACCUGUCCGUUGACUAUGCGCCGCCCGUAUCGAACGACCUGGAGAGGGACCUCAGCUUCUUCACCAGCACGCACGCACCGCAGUGUAACGUAUACCGGCAGAUGAGGUCAUUUCUGCUGCGCGCGGAUCGCGUCUGCCUGCCCCCAGCGGAGCACACCACGCCCUACGCCAAGGGGAUCGACGGCGCCCUCUCGUGGGACGUCUUCGCACCGUACACGAACGUGCUCUGGCUGGCAUACCUGUACGUGUACCUCGUUGACAACUUCAAGGGCGACAAGAGGGCGCUGAAGAGUUUCCGCCGCACGACGCGGGAGCUGUGGAAGUAUCUUGACCCCGAUGCCGGCGAUGACGUGCCGUGCUUUAACUGCGCCGCGGACGUAGUCGGCUUCGGCGUCGAGGCCGGCUGGAUCGACGAGGUGCAGCUGGUCGGGGCGUCGCACUCGAUGGUGGAGCGCGAGGAAAGCAUCAUAGUGUCGCCGGAUGACGACGAUGACGAGGCGUCGUCGCUGAGGCGGUCGCCGAGGAGAAGCCAGUACCGACCGAGUACCUCGGCGUAA